ACGUUCAAUAGUCAUCAUGGAAAUAUGAGCAAUAAUGGUAGCAGAAGUGAUGAAUGGGACAACUUGAAGCAAUUUGAGAAUGCAUUUCAACGAGUACGAAGUGACCUCAGCAAACAUUCAAAUGAAAUCAAAAGACUCGAGGAAGACAAAAGCCGUUUAUCAAUAUUAUAUGAAAAUGAAAAAGAAAACAGUAGAAGGACAACAAAUGCAUUAGAGGCAGAAGUAAAACAACUACUCAAUGAACAAAAUAUUCAGGUUGAAGAAUUGAAAAGAACAGAGCUAAAAUUAGUUGAGGCUCAAAAAGAAAGAAACAAAUAUCAUGAAAGCAAUGAAAAACUGCGCAACUAUAACAGUGAAUUAGAAACACGUAACACAUCACUUGAAUUAAAGCAUAAGGAACAGCUGCGGAAAAGUGAAAGUGAGCUCAGACAGCUAGAAAAGGAUCGAAAAGAGUUACAGCAAAAAGUCAAAGAAGUUGAAAAGAAAAAAAAGAGAUUUAACUUUGAAAUUUCAAGAAUAUUUGGACUCAAACCAGGCGUAUAAGGAUCAAAACUCAAAACUUCUUAUAGACAUUGGGAAUGCAAGGAAGGAAAUAAAAGCGCAAAACGAGAAAAGUAAGGUUGCCAAGGAAACUUAUGAGAGAGAGAAAACUUGCAAU